AUGUCAUCCAGCUAUACACAUCCUUACAGCUACGCCUCUACCUCCGAGCUUCAUGAAACUCUACCUUCACCGCAGGCGGAGUCAGAGAUCUUGAACACGCAGGAAGAUAUGUGGUUCGAUUCAGAGGAUCCAGCCGAAUAUGCCAUGGCUGCCACGUACAGCAGCUUUAAUCUUACAGACGUAGAAAACGAUCAGCUUGGUGACUCGGGCUCCCCACUGGACCUACCAGUGUCCGUCGAUGUGCAGAUGGAGGAAGGAUUUCGGGAAAUGGAGCAAUAUAUCAAUUAUGACGAAGACCCCGAUACCCCAGUAAAUCCAAUAUUGAGAGCGGUACACCCGCUGGACGGCAGGUGUCACACAGCUUUACUGCUGCUGUCUACAGAGGUGCACUCGAACAGAGCGUAUGGCCUAGACCCGCGUCUGCCGUACCCGGCCUUCUACACCGCUGUGUCAAUAAGCCCAUUGGCGCCUUCUGCGCAUAUAGCGCUGUGUGCCCUUUCUUCUCCAUGUGUUCCUAUAACCACCUCUUCCUCAAACGUCUCGAUAUCGACCACGUUAGAGCCCAAACUCUCAUUUGGAGGUAAUAAGUCAUUGAAGAUCAUAGACUGA